UAAAAAACCCAACGCAACAAACUAACAGCGAUGCAGUGCUUAAGUUUUUCAACAUCAUAACGGAUUUUACAGCAGUGUUUUAGACUCAGUACGCAGAAGAAAGGAUUUUAAACACAACUUCAGAAUCAUGCCACGAUCGUUUUUGGUGAAGAAUAAAAAGUGUUCAUCUUACAAUGUGCACCGACCGAUCGACACCGAGCAAAGUGAACCCAAUCAACUCUCGGACCCAGCACCCAAGACAAUCCCAGCACUUGUCUCAUUGGAAUCAAAGGAAUGUAAUUCCCCAAAGCAGCCCCCGUUAGAUUCUGUCAUUCGCCCAUCCCACAAAGACCCAUAUGACUUCAUCAAGUGUGAGAGAGAGCCUGAAUGCCCGAUACCGUCUCUUCCUGAGCUGCCUGUUCCAACCAGCCAGCCUUAUUACUUAUCCAAGACUCAACUGGCAGAGUUCUCUCCCUACUACAAGAGCUCUUAUGCCUGGCAUCAUGUUCCCUCACCGUAUGACUUCAGGCAGAUGAGCUUUCCUCCAUCGCUCUUGCAGCACACCAGCAGCCUGUAUGGAGCUCACCUGAAGCAAAGCUCAGAACCUUCACAAGCGCUGGACUACAGCACACACUACUCACCUACGUCUAACACCUUCCACUGCAUUACCUGCGACAAGGUGUUCUCCACCCCUCAUGGCUUGGAAGUUCACGUCAGACGCUCUCACAGUGGUACACGUCCCUUUGGAUGCAGCAUCUGCAGAAAGAGCUUUGGUCAUGCAGUUAGCCUGGAGCAACAUAUGAAUGUCCACUCUCAGGAAAGAAGUUUUGAGUGCAAGAUGUGCGGAAAGACCUUCAAACGCUCCUCAACAUUGUCCACUCACCUGUUGAUCCACUCGGACACACGGCCCUACCCCUGCCAAUACUGUGGCAAGAGAUUCCACCAGAAAUCCGAUAUGAAGAAACACACCUACAUCCACACAGGAGAGAAACCUCACAAAUGCCAGGUGUGUGGGAAGGCCUUCAGCCAGAGCUCCAACCUCAUCACACACAGUCGCAAACACACCGGAUUCAAGCCGUUCGGUUGUGAGAUCUGUUCCAAGGGCUUCCAGAGGAAAGUGGAUCUUCGCAGACACCACGAGAGUCAGCACAGCGUUAAAUGAUGUGAUGGACAGCAAGGAAGGAAUGAAGACCACCUAUGGCUGUAAAAAAAAAAAAAACUAUGGAAAUACAUGAAAUUAAGAGUUAGAAUUUUUUUUUCUUUUCUUUAAAUAAACUCAUUAUAAAGGAAUCUGGGUUCACUCAAUAAACAAGUUAAGCUAAAUCGACAGAUUUUGUGGAAUAAUGUUGAUUACCACAAAACAAUUUUGUGCUAAUUUAAGGUCACUGUGAGGCAGUUACAAUGGAAUGGCCAAUUUGUGGGGGGCUAAAAGGCAGAAAUGUCAAGUAAUUUUUAUUUGUAUAUUGCUUUUCAAAAAACACUGUUUCAAAGCUGUUUUACAGAAAAUGAUGCUGUAAUGUCUUAAAGUCCUGAUUGUACAGUUUAAAUAAAUAAUAAAUAAACAACUGAAUAAUUGAAAAUCAUGCCUUUAAAUGUGUGAAGUUUAUAAUCUACUGUUCUAGGUGGAUGAACAUGCAGUUAUUUGUCACCGACAAUAUGUCUUCAUCGCAAUGAAGUUGUAACUUAGCACAGAAAAGGUAAGUGAUUUUAUCACACUAAAAUCAUGUUAUCAAGCAUAUUGUUUGCGUCUUGUCGCUAUACAUUUGAACAAUGAGAAUUUUACCAUUUACAAUUGGCCCAAUCUACUUCCAUUGUUAGUGUCUCACUGUAACCUACAUUUUUCUUUUAAAGAAAAGGAGGGAGUAUAAUUUUUUUUCUGGUAGUCAACAUUAUGCCACAAUUGCUAUUGAUUGAGCUUAACUUGUAUUGAACCUGAAAAAAAUCCUUUAAGGUGUCACAGAGCAUCUUUUCAUAUCUUAGAAUACACCUUCCUCUUCAGAAUUUGUUCCUCUAUUAAAUCCAGUAAUUCAUCAAAACCGUAACCUGACAAGAUUAAUGUAAAUUUAGAGUUCUUUUGCAUUUAUAAACGAAUAAAUCACACCCACAUGUUAGUUAGCUCACCAUAUUUCUCACUCUCAAUAGGAUAUUCUCAUGAAGUGGCCUGUGUUUGACCUUUUGAAUCCUUUUUUAGUACCCUUAAAUUGAGACAUAUUUUAUAUGAGUGUGUUUUAUAAAUGCAGUGAAAAGAUUGCAUGUGUUAAGAUUUGAUUGAAUCUUUUUGUUCUGUUCUAUUUAUAAAAACUCUUAGUAAGAAUGCUAAAUAAAUACUUGUGUUGU